AUGGAAAGUUCCGGAGUAGCUAAAGGUCGAGAUAAAGCUGCGAGCGGCGUCACACUCACACAGUAUUGCGACUGUAUUUUAUCAGACUCCCAUAUAAACUAACAUAAUACUAACAAUAUGCCGAGAGGAAGCAGAAGCCGGACAUCCAGGAUGUCCCCUCCAGCCAGCCGGGCACCACCUCCACCCCCACCACCCAUGGCCAGGGCAGCACCCCCCACUGCCCCUGUUCCAAUGCAGGCCCCUCCGUCUGCUGUGGGUGCACCAGCAGCAGCACCCAGGCAGCCGGGAUUGUUUGCCCAGAUGGCGGCCACAGCUGGUGGUGUGGCAGUGGGCUCUGCAGUGGGGCACACCAUCGGCCACGCCAUGACUGGAGGCUUCAGUGGAGGAAACUCAGAGCCUGCCAGGCCUGACGUCACGUACCAGGAGCCGUACCAGGCCCAGCCAUACCAGGGCCAGCCCAUGUACCAGCAGCAGCCUCAGUCUAUGUACCAGCAGGAGGCCCCUCAACAGCAGGUUUGCUCCUACGAGCUCAAACAGUUCAUCGAAUGCGCUCAAAACCAGAGCGACCUGAAACUCUGCGAGGGCUUCAGCGAGGUGCUCAAACAAUGCAAGUUUGCUAAUGGUCUGUCAUGAGAUGGAGACAAAACACCUGCAGAGUGAAGAUCACACACCUUAUUAAUAAAGAACCAGAUAUUGUAGGAGGGUGUAAUUUACUGGAGAUCAAUCAAUAAACAUGCUUUAUUUUGACAGCUGAUUAUCAUAAUUUCUCAGGAGGCUGCUGCUGCCCAGCUUGUAAUCUUAGUCUUAUAAAUAAUGUUUAUAUAUUUUGGUGUGUCUUGCUUUGAGUUGAGUUUUGUCAUGUUUUUCCAUUAGAGUCAGUGCUUUUAUUUUAGAAUACCUCUCAUAUAUGACAGUGUUUGCAGGAUAACAAAACUUGCAGAACCACCAGUCUCCAUUUUCAGUUUGCUUGUUACAAGUUUAAGAUUAAAAACAAUAAAGCACUUGGAUCAUGAAAA